GCAAAUAUGUCAACGCAUCCGUUUAUUUUCGAAAUGCCUUUGCAACUGACCGACCAACAUUUUGCGUUGGCACUGACACCCGAGGAUAUAUUAACGAUGGUAGCUCCGCAGUACGCAAACGACUACUACAGACCCUGGAAAGAGUUAUCAUCAUUGAUGACGAACUUCGGAACAACGAUCAAGUCCGACAGAGCGAAGUUCCAAGUCAAUUUGGACGUGCAACACUUUGCUCCUGAAGAGAUUUCGGUAAAAACCGCUGAUGGGUUUGUCGUCAUCGAGGGUCAGCAUGGAGAGAAGCGAGACGAACAUGGAUGGGUGUCCCGUCAGUUUAAAAGGAGAUACCCACUACCUGAAGGGUGCUGCCUUGACUUUGUGGAAUCUCGUCUAUCAUCAGACGGAGUUCUAACUGUCACUGCCCCCUUAGAACGUCCUAUAAGUUCAAAUGAACGCAUCAUACCUAUCAUUCAUACAGGACCAGUGAAGAAGCUUGGAUCCAAGGGUGAAACUGGUGAUGGAGAAGCUUCUCCAAGGCCUUUCGGAGAAAAUAGAGAGUAAAUAUAUAUAAAGUUGCAGUUGCUGCAGUGGGCAUCACGCCAAGCUCAGAAUAGUUUUGGUCGUGAACCUUAUAGACAUUAAAUUCCCUGUGAUUCAUUCGUUAUAGUUAUUUAUGCCUGGUCUACGUCAGUAAUACCUUUUACAUAAUGUUCCAGA